GGAAGCUCACUAGUCGCCCAGGCAACAGCUACUCCCAUUCUCGACCCACAGGAAAUAGGUCCCUGCUGUCCCACCGCCCAGGAUCUGCAAGCCAGGAGCCCACGAGUAGGAACUGGUCACUGAAAUUGUUGGCUGUAAUCCCUGUUGUCUUGCUUCCACUCAUCCUAUCCGAGUCUAAGUGUGAGAAUCGGAAGUUGCCCCAGUGAUUUCCAAGUGGAAGAAGUUUCGGUGCCCCUUUGGACUUUCGCAAUCAGAGAUGGCAUCACAGGCCGCGCCAGCGGGAACUGGGGAGCCUUGGUCUCAUCAUCCAGCAUAUGCAAGAUAUUGGCGUCAUUACUAUCAAGCAAUGGCUUGGAUGCGAAGCCACCAGAUGGCUUAUUGGAAGGCCGUGGAGUCCUACGUCAGGUCCCCAUGGUACUGCACUCCCAAAGGUCAUCCCCAGGGCCCUUAUGCCGAGGAGGGCAGGUCUCCCCAGUCCUCCUGGGGCCAUUACUGGGCUUCCCAGGGCUCCUGCUGCAGGCAUUCGCAUUCCCCAUGGCCUGAGCCGCACGGUCCUGACAGCACGAGAGAAGUCCGGGCUUGGGCUGCGGAGGAAGAGGAGGAGGAAGAAGAAGAGGAGGACACCGACUCAGAUGAGGGGGUGGAGUGCGACGUCAGCAACAUGGAGAUCACCGAGGAGCUGCGCCAGUACUUUGCGGAGACCGAGAGGCACAGGGAAGAGCGGCGGCGGCAGCAGCAGUUGGAUGAACAGCGCCUGGAGGACUAUGUGAAUGCCGACCACGACCUGUAUUACAAGACACCCCGCUCCAUGGAACCACCGUCCGAGAGGCCCGGUGAGCAGCGCCAGGCCGAGAUGAAGCGCCUGUACGGAGACAGCGCUGCCAAGAUCCAGGCCAUGGAGGCCGCCGUGCAGCUGAGCUUUAACAAGCACUUUGACCGAAAGCGGCCCAAAUACUGGCCGGUCAUUCCGCUGAAGUUCUGAGCCCUGGCCUCUGAGCUCCCUUCCUCUGGGACUUGCUCCUCCUCCUGCUUCUGUGCAUUUUCUUGGGGAAACGGGAAUUUAUACUGAGACGUUCACCAAAGUGCCAGGGGCCCUGUCAUGGGGGUGAUAUAAUCAGCCAGGCAUUUUUCAGCAUCAGGGUGUGUACUGUAGUCUACCUGCAAGAUUUUCUUUUGACAUAAAAUGAUAAUUUCAUAUGCAUAACACUUACAGUUCUUUGAAGUUCUCAGAGAUACUGCUUAGUUGUUUAUGUCGUUUUAUGCCUUCUUCUAUAUUUAACCCAACUUGAAUGCUUUAAAAGUGUCAACUGUGGUCUCCUACUGGCACUCCAUUUGCCCCCGCUGACACUGACCCAAACGUGCAGCCAGACGAUGACCACUCUUCUCCCACGCAGAGGUCAGCAUGCAGGUUCUGCAAAGGGCCAGAGAGUUUGUAUUUUUGGCUUUUCAGAUCACAUGUUCUGUCUCAUGACUACUCAAUUCUGCCCUUGCAGCCUGAAAGCAGCCAUGGACCAUAAGUAAAGUGGAUAUGGCUGUGUUCCAAUAAAACUUUAUUGAUAAAAACAGGCCGUGGGCCAGAUUUGGCCUAUGGCCAGUAGUUUGUGGACCCGUCCUCUAGUGGAUGAAAUGACCUGUCUGACAUUGUUCUUGCUCUCUUUACAGAGUUUUCAUGUCACACAGAACUGAGGGCAAAAAAAAACAGUCAUUCCCAAACCUGCUCCCCUCUGCAGUCUCCUCUGUUGCCAAAAAGGUAUUAUUGAGCUCUUACUUUGUAUAGCAAAUAUCAUUUUGGAAAGAGAACGCAUUUCUGAGAAUGAAAAUUUAAAGAUUGAUGGAACGGUCCAUUUAAAAAAAAAAAAAGCCAGCUGCCUUUUAAAUAAGUUAUUAUGGUGUGUUGCCAGGGUGAGCCUUGUUGACCUGAGAAGAUUAGCACAUCCAUCAAAGGUUGGUGGAAAGAUUUAGUAUUGACAUGUUUUUCCCUGAGAACACUUAGCUCCACAUUUCAGCCCCUGCCCUGUGACAAAUGCAUUACUUGCAUCAGCCCCAGGUGCUUGUUUUUCCAAGCCCUUGUUUUAUUACUGGAGUUGCAAUUUGAGCUUGGGUAUUGCAGACCAAAAUCAGUAUUAAUUUCCCCUGAGGUGACACAUGACUAAAAUUUCAAGUCUUUAGUAGUCCUCUCUAUUUUUUUUUUUAAUUUUAAACUCAUACGCCUCAAUGGGAAUAUAGAUGUGACUCAGGCACAAAUACAAACUAAUUAUAUAUUUGCAGCAGGUUCUUAGCUGUUUGAGAGUGCAAUGGACCUCUUUACAAAGAACUCUCCUACCUUUCCGCCAAAGAAGCCGCCAUGCCGGUGCCACCCCUGCCAGAAUGGUGGCUGUGAACUUGGAGUUCCUUUCACCUCUCAGUGCUUCCUGUUCCUCACUCUUCAAGUGGGUCUUACUGAUUCCCCCACAUGGAGUCCUUGUGAGGACCACGUUGAGUCAGCACCUGUAAAACAUAGUGCUGGCUGCACAGUAAAUACUCAACACAUGUUGAUACUUAUUUAUUCCCUGUCUUUAAAAGUUACCAAAGAGACCCCGUGGAAGUCCUGUGUAUGGAACUUCUUCCAAAUACAGAGAAAUGUUUCCCUGUCAGCCUUUUGAAGGGAUGCAUUGGCUUAAAUCUCAUUCCCACCUGCCCUUCUUCGCAAAUGCCUCAUUAGAUAAAGUGUGAUGGGGAGACCUAUGGCUUAUUUAUUCGUUUAUUCAGCAAAUACUUGAGUCCUUCCAAGAUAGCUAAACCAUAGUCUUCCCUCAGGGCACUUGCAUUCUAGGAGAGGCAGACAGGUGUGUAAAGAUAGCGAUGGCAUGUGUGCAGUGCUGCACGCAUGCGCAGGAACUGCAAGAAUGUCGGAUGAGGGUGGGGCUUCUCGGCCUCAGCACUAUUGAUGUUUGGGACCCAUCAUUCUUUGUUGUUCUUAAAAAAUACAUACUGUGGACACAUAUAUAUACUAAAAUCAAGAGACUUGCAUGCAAAUAAUUCAUACACACCAGUUUCAGAACUACCCACCAAUAGCAGGUAGUUCUGAGCAGGGAAGGGGUUGGCGUGCCAUUCAAAAGUGGUUUUUCUGUCUCUAACGUUUAUUGUUUUUCUCACUUCAUUUCUAGGGGUAAUUGUUACAUGAAAUGUUUAUUUGUCAAAUGCUUAUAUAAGGCUUACUGUGGGCCACAUACUCUUCUAGUUGCUUUUCGAAUAUUCAUUUCCUUAGCAACCAACCUAGGACCAACCUGGGAAGUAGCUAUUAUAGGUUCACAGCCGUUUUCCAAACUGUGAGAUCAGGCAUGUUCCAGAAUGCAGAUAUUGUUGUACUUUCAGUUCCGUUCAGGUCAGGUUUUGCCAUCAGAUCCUUACAGUUAAGUCAGGUUAGGCUGUCAGACAAAUAACUU